AAAAAGGUGAAGAGCCAGCUGCAUUUGCGCAUUUGUAAAACGAGAGCUUUCUCUCUCAUGGCUUCAACAAUGGAAUUUUUGCAGGGCGCCGGGAUCCGCGUUUCUCGAUCGUAGCGACCUUCUCAUUCUAUUAGCGCGAUUUUAGCUAGUGAUGCGGGACUAGGAGAAUUAGAAGCAAGUGCAGGAUUAUCUUUGAUUGGGAUUUUUAAUUCUGAAAAACAAUGUCAUCGAGGGGGGAACAUCACACUGUCCCACUUUCAGUGCUUCUGAAACGAGAAUUAGCGAACGAGAAGGUUGAUAAUCCGGAGAUUCAGCAUGGACAGGCCAGCCAAAGCAAGAAAGGGGAAGACUUCACUCUGCUUAAAACGGAAUGCCAAAGGGCCAGGGGAGAUGGAGUCGCCACAUUCUCUGUUUUUGGGUUAUUUGAUGGGCACAAUGGGUCUGCAGCUGCUAUUUAUACUAAGGAGAAUCUCCUAAAUAAUGUCUUAAGUGCUCUUCCCUCAGAUCUUAACAGAGACGAGUGGGUUGCAGCACUGCCGAGAGCUUUGGUUGCAGGUUUUGUUAAAACAGAUAAGGAUUUUCAAGAGAGAGCUCGAACAUCAGGAACUACUGUUACCUUUGUCAUAAUAGAAGGAUGGGUGGUGACUGUUGCAUCUGUUGGGGAUUCCCGUUGUAUACUUGAACCGGCUGAAGGUGGUAUUUAUUACUUGUCAGCAGAUCAUCGGCUCGAGUGUAAUGAAGAGGAGAGACAGCGUGUUACUGCUAGUGGAGGGGAAGUUGGUCGGCUAAAUACUGGUGGUGGUACGGAGAUUGGCCCAUUGAGAUGUUGGCCUGGUGGCUUGUGUCUUUCACGAUCCAUUGGAGAUAUGGAUGUCGGCGAGUUCAUUGUUCCUGUUCCCUAUGUAAAGCAAGUAAAGCUGUCAACAGCUGGUGGCAGGCUUAUUAUCUCAAGUGAUGGUGUUUGGGAUAAUUUAACUGCUGAAACAGCCCUUGAUUGUUGUCGUGGCAUGUCGGCUGAAGCUGCAGCUGCCCAAAUUGUUAAAGAAGCUUUACAGGCGAAGGGUCUCCGAGACGAUACAACCUGCAUUGUAGUUGAUAUACUACCACAGGAAAAGCCACCUGCUCCUUUGCCUCCCUCAAAGAAGCAGGGAAAAGGAAUGUUCAAGUCCAUGUUUCGCAAGAAAUCCUCUGAAUCGUCUUCUAAUAUUGAUAAAGAAUAUAUGGAACCGGAUAUAGUGGAAGAAUUGUUUGAGGAAGGGUCUGCUAUGCUUUCAGAAAGGUUAGAUACAAAAUAUCCACUUUGCAACAUGUUUAAAUUGUUUGUAUGUGCUGUGUGUCAAGUUGACACAAAACCUGGUGAGGGAAUUUCAAUACAUGCUGGCUCAUCAAAUUCUGGAAAGCUACGUCCCUGGGAUGGUCCUUUCCUUUGCUUAAGUUGCCAAGAGAAGAAGAAGCCAUGGAAAGGAAAAAGAGCAUUGUUAGAUAGACAUAGUAGUGAGAGUGACUAGACAACGCUCUGCAAGGCGUUUUGUGUGCACUAACAAUUGUUUUAAAUGUGAUCGGAAGAUGAAGCUUUCUAACGAUAUUAAAUUCCCUUCACUUUCUCAUGGUGGAUUUGAGAAAUUUGAUCAUCCUGAUGUUGACUUCUGCACCCAUUUCACUUUCUUCCCAGCUCAUGUUCUGUGCGCGGAAGACCAGGGUUAGAAUGUGGCUUAACCAUCUGUUGCUGUUUCUGACAUCUGGAAUGAUAAGAAUUAUGCCUGCAUGUUCAAAUAGUUUAUGGAAGGCUCCGAAUCUUCCAUUGUAUAAUUAAAUGCAAAGGUAAAUCAAUUCUGCCCCGGUCCUUUCCCAUUGCAUGCCAGUUCUUCCUGAUCACAGAGCUAACAUUUAAUGAUAGCAUCCUACAGUGUAAUAUUAUAAUAUUAUAGGGAGUUUGAUGAACAGAUACAGAUUUGUUCCACAUUAGGAAAGCCUGAACGAUAUGAAUUUGUUCACGUAGAGUUAAUUUGAACCUUCCUUUUGAGAAGUUGGAAGGUGAACCUCUGGAAUAGGAAAAUAGCCAGAUUGUUUGUGAUUUUUGUCAAAUCAGUGGAUGCGUACAUUGUUUGUGAUACUUGUUUCUAAAAAGUUCAAAUGUUCUAA